AGAAGAAACAUCAACUAAACAUUUCACGCCUGUAAAGAACCUUAUGAUUAGUGUCUUGUUUAAUCAUUCCUCUGACAAUUAAUUAACAGAAACCCCCAUUUCUUUAAUUUAUUUUAAACUAAUUCUCACCUCUGUAGUAAACCUUCGGAAACUGAGCAAAGUUCCUUCUUUUGAGAGUAGUCCCAUGCGUUGAGAAAAAGUUUCUUGAAUUUGCCAAAAAAAAAAAUCUCUCUUUUUGGUUUAUGCUUUGUUAAUGUAUUGAUAAACACGCAAAACAAUGUUUAUGCUCAGAUAUGAACUGGGCACUCAACAACCCAAAUCCUGAAGGAAAGGAGCCAAGAACAACAACCCAAAGCAGCGAUUUUUAUCAUCUGAGCGCUAAAGAUUCGCCACAAAAGUCCAGGAAAAUCGAUUUCUGGCGUUCUGGGUUGAUGGGUUUCGCCAAGAUGCAGCAUUCAGUGGCGGUGAAGAUGAACAACGGUAAUAAUAACGACCAGGUGGGUAACAAAAAGGGGUCGACUUUCAUACAGGAACACAGAGCUUUAUUACCAAAGGGUUUGAUUCUGUGGACCAUCAUCGUUGGGUUUAUAAGCAGAGGGAUUUACCAGUGGAUGGAUGAUACCAGCAAGGUCAGAAGAGAAGAGGUUUUGGUUAGUAUGUGUGAUCAGAGAGCGAGGAUGUUGCAGGAUCAGUUUAGUGUUAGUGUUAACCAUGUCCAUGCUUUGGCUAUUCUCGUCUCAACGUUUCAUUACCACAAGAAUCCAUCUGCAAUCGAUCAGGGGACAUUUGCGGACUACACAGCAAGAACAGCGUUUGAGAGACCGUUGCUGAGCGGAGUGGCUUACGCUGAAAAAGUUGUGAAUGCUGAGAGGGAGAUGUUUGAGAGUCAGCACAAUUGGGUUAUAAAGACAAUGGACACAGGAGAGCCUUCACCUGUUAGGGACGAGUAUGCUCCCGUCAUCUUCUCUCAAGACAGUGUCUCAUACCUCGAGUCACUAGACAUGAUGUCAGGAGAGGAGGAUAGAGAGAACAUUUUGAGAGCUAGAGAGACAGGGAAAGCUGUCUUGACAAGCCCUUUUAGACUACUGGCUUCUCACCAUCUAGGCGUUGUGUUGACCUUCCCUGUGUACAAAGCCUCUCUUCCUAGAAACCCCACCGUCCAAGAGCGUAUAGCAGCCACCGCAGGGUACCUCGGCGGCGCGUUUGACGUUGAGUCUCUCGUUGAGAAUCUACUCGGUCAGCUCGCUGGCAACCAGGCGAUAGUAGUGCAUGUGUAUGACAUCACCAACGCGUCGGAUCCGCUCGUCAUGUACGGGAAUCAAGACGAAGAAGGCGACACGUCUCUCUACCACGAGAGCAAGCUUGAUUUCGGAGACCCUUUCAGGAAGCAUAAGAUGAUCUGUAGGUAUCUCCAGAAGGCGCCUAUACCGUUGAACGUACUCACGACCGUGCCGUUGUUCUUUGCUAUUGGUUUCUUGGUUGGUUACAUACUCUACGGUGCAGCUGUGCAUAUUGUUAAAGUUGAAGAUGAUUUCCAUGAGAUGCAAGAGCUCAAGGUCCGAGCAGAAGCUGCUGACGUGGCUAAAUCGCAGUUUCUUGCGACCGUCUCUCACGAGAUCAGGACGCCGAUGAAUGGGAUUCUCGGAAUGCUUGCUAUGCUUCUUGAUACGGAGCUUAGCUCUACGCAGAGAGAUUACGCUCAGACCGCGCAGGUUUGUGGGAAAGCUUUGAUUGCGUUGAUAAACGAGGUUCUUGACCGUGCCAAGAUCGAAGCUGGCAAGCUGGAGUUGGAGUCUGUGCCUUUUGAUAUCCGUUCGAUACUGGAUGAUGUUCUUUCUCUCUUCUCUGAGGAGUCAAGGAACAAAGGCAUUGAGCUUGCGGUUUUCGUUUCAGACAAGGUACCUGAGAUAGUCAAAGGAGAUUCAGGGAGAUUCAGACAGAUCAUCAUAAACCUCGUUGGAAACUCUGUUAAAUUCACAGAGAAAGGACAUAUCUUUGUCAAAGUCCAUCUCGCGGAACAAUCAAAAGACGGAGCUGAAUCCAAACCCGCAUUGAACGGAGGAGUAGCCUCUGAAGACAUAACCGCCGCUUCCAAACCGUCGAGUUACAACACACUGAGCGGCUACGAAGCUGCUGACGGUCGAAACAGCUGGGACUCAUUCAAACACUUAGUCUCGUCGGAGGAGCUGUUGACAUCAUCAGAGUUCGACGCUUCCAGUAACGUCAGGCUUAUGGUUUCUAUCGAAGACACAGGUAUUGGGAUCCCUUUAACCGCGCAAGGACGUGUCUUCAUGCCGUUUAUGCAAGCGGAUAGUUCCACUUCGAGAACCUACGGAGGUACUGGGAUUGGUUUGAGUAUAAGCAAGUGUCUUGUCGAGCUUAUGCGUGGUCAGAUAAGUUUCGUGAGCAGGCCUCGCGUUGGUAGCACGUUCUGGUUCACUGCUGUGUUUGAGAGGUGUGAUAAAUUCAGUCUGAAGAAGCCUACGGUUGAGAAUUUGCCUUCUAGUUUUAGAGGGAUGAGAGCUAUUGUUGUUGAUGCUAAGCCUGUUCGAGCUGCGGUGACUAGAUACCAUAUGAAAAGACUUGGGAUCAGUGUUGAUGUCAUGACAAGUCUCAGAACCGCUGUUUCUACUGCGUCUGGAAGAAACGGUUCUCCUCUUCCUUCAGGAACAACGAAACUGGAUAUGAUCUUGGUGGAGAAAGAUUCAUGGAUAUCAACCGAAGAUAUAGACGCGGAGAUACGUCAGAUGAACUCAAGAACCAACGGAAACGUGCAUCGCAAGACACCGAAACUCGCUCUGUUCGCAACGAACAUUACGAAUUCAGAAUUCGACAGAGCUAAAUCAGCAGGGUUUGCGGAUACGGUGAUAAUGAAGCCGUUGAGAGCAAGCAUGAUCGGCGCGUGUUUACAGCAAGUUCUCGAGCUGAGAAAGGCGAGACAGCAGCAUCCUGAGGGAUCAUCACCAGCAACGCUCAAGAGUUUGCUUACAGGGAAGAAGAUUCUGGUGGUUGAUGAUAACAUGGUGAACAGAAGAGUAGCUGCAGGAGCUCUGAAGAAGUUUGGAGCAGAGGUGGUGUGUGCAGAGAGUGGUCAAGUUGCUUUGGGUUUGCUUCAGAUUCCACACAGUUUCGAUGCUUGCUUCAUGGAUAUUCAAAUGCCACAGAUGGACGGGUUUGAAGCGACUCGUCAGAUAAGGAUGAUGGAGAAGGAAGCUAAAGAGAAGACGAAGCUGGAAUGGCAUUUACCGAUUCUAGCCAUGACAGCUGAUGUGAUCCACGCCACAUACGAGGAGUGUCUGAAAAGUGGAAUGGAUGGUUAUGUCUCUAAACCAUUUGAAGAAGAGAAUCUCUACAAGUCUGUUGCCAAAUCAUUCAAAGCUAACCCAAUCUCAGAUUCGUCAUGUAGCCAAAGUUGAAGAAGAAGAAGAAGAAGAAGAAGAAACAUCGUGUCAGAAAAAGAAACAUGCAACAUGGUUGGUUCGUGUGUACAUAUAGGGCUCGGAGAUUUCGAGAGUUUGCUUUUGACCAGUAAUAGUAAUGUUUGUGAAACGACGGUUCAGGUGUUGAUAUUAAAUUAUUAAUCCUUACCGGAGUUCGAUUUGUACCCAAUC